CGCCGCUCCGGAACCGAACCCCGGAACCUAAAUCCGAAAGGGGAAAGUGCCGGAGGUUGAAAGUUAGCCGUCGCCGAGAUGCCACGAGAACGAACCCUUGUCGUAUUGGCGCCGUAUUUCGCAUUUGGAGUGGUGGCCAACCAGGGAGUUUUCGCGACCCGGGAAAACUGGAGAUUUCGGGACACGGCCUGGCAACGAGGCAGUGCUACGCGCUGGUCACUUCAUUUGGAAUGGAUGUGCUUCUUCUUGUUGACGUUCACAUUGGUUUCGAACUUUGCAAUUUCCAAUCAGGCACCAUGGUGCGGGACGGUACCUGAGCGGCCUCAAACUCGGUUAUGUCGUGUCGUUCCGGAUGCAGAUACGACGAUACGGACCACAGAUAGGCGAAUAUGUGGCCAGGGUGUCCUUGUGGCGCCCAGUUGGGUUAAUGGACGACUGUACCCCCAAAGAUUAGGCAACCGACAAAAAUGCACCAGACACGGGAGGAUGCAAGGUUCAGAGAGGGAUGGGCUCAGCCCUGGAUCAGCAUGUGUAUCAGAAAGUGGUGUUGUGAUUGGCACGCACAGGCCAUAUGAAGAAACCCGAGCAAUACGGAAUGCCCCAUGGUGAUCAUUUUAGCGACCUCCAUGCAGGCGGGGAACUAGAAGAAUUUACACAAAGACAGGGGGUCUUGGCUCGGAGUUCGGGCGGUCAUCUAGCCGACGCUGCAAAUGGUUAUCGAUUCGAGCAGACUACUGGAUGCGAGGGACAUGGAUGGAUGCCCUGAGAUCGAUGCUGUCGACAAGGGGUUGAUUGCGAGAAAAAGAGGGUAACAAGAAAAAAGUAAGCAAUAGAGUGAUUAUGCCUGGGCUGAAUACGAAAAUGCAAAAUAAGAAGAUGAUACAGAAUGACGAGAGGCUGAGCACGAGGCGCGAGUAUUACACAUGCC